AUGUUCUUCAAGAUGAGGAAUUUGAGAAUGAUAAACUUAAAGGCAAUGUUAAUCAUAAAAUAUAAAGAAAAUUUAAAUAAAGUCAAUUAAUAAUAAAAUGAGAAGAGUUUUGGUAUUGCAAUAGUUGCAGUAAGCCAAGACUAAACUUUAAGAGAAAUAAAGGAGAAUGAAAAGUUCAAAUAGUAAUACUUGCAACUGCUAUAAUAUCAUUAAGAUUUGCAGAAUUUGUAGGAUGAAACUAAAAGUUAGUUGGAUAACUUAGAUCUGAGUUGGGCAAUUUUGGGAAAUGAUAUAUAAAAUAUACUAGAGAUAUAUAAAUUGAAUGGUUUUAUCAAUAAGGCUUAAAUCCUUUUUUGA